UGCUUGAUAUCAUAGAAAUCUUACAUGUAGUAUAAAAUUAUUUUUAUUAAAGUUUCUCGUACACAUUUUAUUGUUGUAGGUAGUAGAGCCUGAAAUGCCUUUGAAGCCUGGUUGCAUAAGGGACAGCAACAAAAGUACUUUGACGCAUAUGAUUAUUGAAAAUAAAAUCCCAGUAAUUGAUAUUGGUAUAGCUAGAGAUACACCUGAUGAUGUGAAAUCACACUUAAUGUUAGCAUUUGAAGCAGCUGACAUUAUCAUUUCAACAGGUGGUGUUUCAAUGGGUGAAAGAGACAUGUUGAAACUAGUUCUAGAGCAGGACUUUAGAGCAAAAAUUCAUUUUGGCAGAAUACAUAUGAAGCCAGGGAAGCCAACUACAUUUUCGACUGUAGUUUUUGAAGAUAAAAAAAAAUUAGUGUUUAGUUUGCCUGGAAAUCCAGUAUCAGCAUUUGUAUGCUUUUAUCUUUUUGUUAUACCAUGCAUAAAGAAAAUGAUAGGAUUCAAGCAACCAAGGCACGCUACUAUUAAAGUUGAACUCAGUCAGGAUCUGCAGUUAGAUGAAAGGCCAGAAUUCCAACGAGUAUACUUAAGUUCCACUCUUGAUGGUACUUUUCUUGCACACAGCACUGGUGCUCAACAAAGCAGCCGAUUAUUAAGUAUGCAGAAUGCUGAUGCUUUGUUAGUACUACCACCUCGAACGUCUGAGCAAUCUAUUUUAAAAAAAGGCUCCAAAGUAGAUGCCAUUCUUUUAACUUCUAUUUUUGGAAGCAUUUUAAAAUAAAAUUCAGCUAUACUAUUAUUAUAAUAUGCCAAUAUUCUUUAAAUAAAUUAAAAAUAUAAUUCAGUUUUAAUUUCAAUUAAAUAUAAGUGUUAGCUUCUUAUUUUUAAUGAAAUUAAAAUUACACUGACAUCUUUGUUAAUAUAAAACAAUCUUGCAAUCAUGUUCAGCUGUUAAAAUAAAGAAAUUAACUCUUCA